AUGCUUCGCCUUUUAGUGACAAAGAAUUUGUAUCAAAAUAGUUUUCAUAGUCUUUCACUACAUUCGAAUAGUGCAUACAAAACUUCGAAUCCAGAAAUAAAAUGUUCGUUUUGCCGAAAAAUUCUUCUAGGUCAACCGUAUACAGAGAGCCUUUUGCUCACGAGGCACCAGUCCACGAGGACGGCUAAUGCCCUAAGAUCCUCGCGAAAGAAAGCUAAGCACAAGAACUACAAAAAAUAUGGUGAACUUCUUGAAGUCGGAGACAAGGCCAUGACGGAAAUGAAGGUGUCUAUAAGCAAGCUAAAGGCCUCGCAUUUAUCUAAAUUAGCAAUAAGUCCAGUAUCCCUGGGUCAACUUCAUCAGCUCACAACAAAACACACCACUGCCAAGAAACCAGUCCUUAAAGAAGUAGACCCUGAGCUUCUCCAAAUAAUUAAGGAUAAGAUUUUAAAGAAGGCUGCUCCAGCUGCUAAGGAAAUACUCCUAGAAGAUGACCAAUGUGCUUUAAUUUACACAAAUCAUUCUGUUACUGGUGUUGAUGACAGAUUUAAAACUAAACAAUACAUAGAUACUGUGAAACAGAGUUAUUACAACUUCCGCAAAGCUACAAUCUAUGACCAGAGACUGCAAGACUUGAGAUAUGCAAUCAAUGAAGGUCUUAACCAAGAAUUUGACCUUGAGAUAGCACCAAAAUUGACAGACACAAAGUUUGAGCUCUCCCCGUUACCAAAAAGUCCACAUGCAGUAUUUAGAGAAUUAUUUAUAGAUAAUAAUUUAGAUAGUUUUGAUCAAGAAUUGAUGAACCAUAUAACAAAUAUGCAAACCCAAGGCAUUGCCCAUCCAGCCAUAGAAGAUAUUUAUGAUGACCCAACAUUGCACAGUGAAAUUGCUGAGACCAAAGAGGAAUUAGAUUUUGAACCUGUUGAACCAUCUCCUAUUGUCAAAAGCCUUAAUACCAAGAAAGCAAAGCUAGCAAUAAAAAAAAAGAAGAAAGAAAAACGAGAGAAACGCCGUGCUAGGCAAGAGAUAAGCAUGAAGCACGAUAUCAAAGACAUCGAAAAGAUUGGAAAAACAGAUGCUCUUCACAGAUUGCUGGCUGCACAUCUGCAGCUGCUUUGCUCACUAAAUAUGACACAGGAGGGUCGCCAAGUACUGCUAUAUUAUAGACAAAGAGGUACAAGGGUACCAGAACACCCAAAAGUAACUGAUGUCAAGGUGUACAAUACUUUAUUACAUGGAUAUGCAGCUUCGGGUCAGCUGGAAUACACAAAGGAGUUAUUAACUUUCAUGCGCGAGGACGAGGUAGCGCCUUCUGCGCAGUCGUAUGCGGCCGUGUUUGAGUGCAUCGAGCGCAGCCCACUUGUGGAUAAAAUCUCGGUGCUCAACUUCUAUACUAAGGAAAUGCAGGAACAUAAUAUUACACUAAACGAUUUAUUAGACAAAACCAAAUUCAUAUCUGAUCAAAAAAAGACUGUGCUCAAGGCGAUAAGAAGAAUCCACCCUCACUUCAAGCCUGCGUACACGCCGCCUAUUCUUGAUUACAACUGCCCUUUGCUUGAUGAACUGAAGCUCGACCAAUUUGAAAACAGACAAGGGUUAAUGACGUCGUCUGCUGAAGGAUUGCUUGACUUUCAAGAAAUUAAAGAAAUGGGAAAGAAACAAUUAGAUAUUGAAACCAAAGGGUACAUUGAAGUACAGAAUAUAGAUGUAAAAGAUGAGACCAAUAGCAAUGUGAAGUUUUAUCGCGAGAAACUACAACAGACAGAGUCUGAAUGGCGAGAUGUAAUCAAAGAGGCCUUCAUCCGAAACCUAUGCACGCUGCGCAGUCAGAGCAACGCAUCCCACUCGGCCAUCACGCUCUACCCUUACCUUAAAGUGCUUGAGGUGGACCAGUUUGUAGAUCUGAUAAUGGGUGAGAUUAGCAAGCUUGUGGAUGGCAGCGAGACUUACAGCCCCACUUUGAAACUUUUACAACGCGAUCUUGGCACGCAAGUGUAUCAUAAGUACCAAAUCGAGCAAUUCCGUCGCAACGGUGUAAUGAGCAAAAUCGAACAGAUCUACGAGCAGUAUUGCGAUUGGUACGUGAAUAGACGCCCACUAGAUGAUGAGGCCACCGCGCUCAACCCGCGUCAGGCUUGGCAGGCCCUCAUGCACCGCUACAGGGACGGGUCCAACCUGGACUUGGAGGAAACCCAGUGGCCAAUGGAGAUGCGCCAGAAUAUCGGGAAGUUCCUCUACAACAUCAUCAUUAACGACGUCAAGAUCGAUGUGAACAUGUUCAAACCGAAAGCUAAGCAGAAGAAACUGCCCGCCGUGUAUAAGGUGCACCGGCCGUGGGGCCGGCUGAUCCGCCUGGAGCUGAAGCCGCACCCCGCGCUGGCGCGCCUGUGGGCCGUGGCGGCGCGGCCCGGCCUGCGCAUGCGCACGGCGCUGCUGCCCACCAGCGCGCCGCCGCUGCCCUGGAGGCACGCCACGGCCGGCGCCUACUUGGCCACUCCGACGCCGCUUAUUCGCAUGCCGUACUACGUGAUGAAACAGUGGAAGCUUCUAGAGUCAGCGCCACCUGAAGCGCUGUACCCUGUGCUCGACAGUCUCAACCAGCUAGGAGAAGUCCCAUGGCAAGUCAACACGCCCAUCCUCGAUCUACAGCUGAAAGUGUUCAGAUCGGGCGGCAAUAAGAAGCUUGAUAUCCCGCCUCCUGCCUCGUCACUGGACAUGUCUCAGUUCGGCACAGGAGACUCUGGCGGCGCAGCGGGCGCCUUCAAGCGCCGGCUGGCUGUCAACCGUGCGAGGGCAGAGAUGCACUCGCUGUGGUGUAACGCACUUUAUAAACUGUCUUUGGCUAAUCAUUAUAGAGACUCUAUAUUCUGGCUGCCGCACAACAUGGACUUUCGCGGGCGCGUUUAUGCGUGCCCCCCUCACUUGUCUCAACUAGGCGCCGACACCGCGAGGGCCUUGUUGCUCUUCGCUAAGAAAGAGCCGCUGGGGCCAGACGGGUUGCGGUGGCUGAAGUUGCAUGCCGUUAACCUUACGGGGACUAUGAAGAAAAGUACCGUCGACGAGAGACUAGCGUACGCGGAGAGUAUCAUGGACAAAAUAUUGGAUUCUGCGAAUAAUCCGUUGGACGGAGAGGGCUGGUGGAUGUCGAGUGAGGAACCCUGGCAGACACUCGCUUGCUGCAUGGAGAUCGCUAAAGCUUUGCGCUCUCCGAAUCAUGAAGAGUAUCUGAGCGGGUUUCCGGUGCAUCAGGACGGAUCUUGCAACGGGCUGCAGCACUAUGCGGCAUUGGGCGGCGACGCGGCCGGCGCCGCGGCUGUCAAUCUGGCGCCACUCGAUCGCCCACAAGAUGUCUACAGCGCUGUCGCUACUUUGGUUGAAGAAAUGCGUGUUCGUGACGCGGCACUGGGAGUACCCACAGCAAAGGUAUUAGAAGGCUUUGUGCGUCGUAAGGUCAUCAAGCAGACAGUAAUGACCACCGUCUACGGCGUCACCAAGUUCGGAGCUCGCCUGCAGAUCGCCAAGCAACUCAAAGACAUCGAUGAGUUUCCCAAAGACCAAGUGUGGUCCUGCUCGCAGUACUUAACGGCUCGCACGUUCGACAGUCUGCGCGAAAUGUUCACCUCCACUAAGCUCAUUCAAGACUGGUUCACCGACUGCGCCAAGCUAAUUUCGGGCGUAUGCGGUGAGAGCGUGGAGUGGGUGACGCCUUUGGGUCUUCCCGUAGUGCAGCCUUACUACCGGCGCGCUGGGCCCAUCGUUACUGCGUCACCAACGCGCGCGCCAAUCGACCAUCACCAACGUCCAUGUACAAUGAAGCAGCGCAACGCGUUUCCGCCAAACUUCAUUCACUCUUUAGACUCCUCGCACAUGAUGCUGACCGGGCUACACUGUCAAGCCGCUGGCGUCACCUUUGUCUCCGUGCAUGAUUGUUUCUGGACGCAUCCCGCCUCUACUCGUAUUAUGAACAAGAUAUGUCGCGAACAAUUCGUGGCUCUUCACUCUCAACCGAUUUUAGAAGACUUAUCUGAUUUCCUUGUGAAGAGGUACAGCUAUGAUGACAGCGAAUUGGAAGAUCGCAGUGUCGGCGCGUCGAAUAAGAAACGCGUGAACAAUCUCCUCAAGAAAGUCCCCGGCAAGGGAGACUUCGAUCUUUCCAGCGUGCUGCGCUCGGUUUACUUUUUCAGCUGAGCCCUUAGCGCGGUGUGUGACAUUUUCAUACUUUUUUACAAUGUCCACGGUGUUUGUAGUAGACCGAUUGCGUCUUUCUAGAAUGUAUUUAAAGCAGAGUUCAAAGCGAGGAAAAGCAUACAAAUUUUUAAAAUAGAACUUAUUUACGAUUUCUCAAAUAUAAAAAAAAAGCAAAGACUGCGCUCGGCCUUUUGUCGGGAAGUCUGAAAAAAUACUACGAAUAUAACACUUGCAUACUGUUGACUUUGAUUGAAGUUAAUGUAAAAUGCUAAUCUGCAUGCAAGUAUUUCUUAAUCGAUAUGCGGUUUUAAAUGCAACGUCAUACGAUAGUGCCUUUCACGUUCAAUACUUACUUACCACUUUUUGUGUUAUUAUACAUAAUGAAUUUAGUGUACGUUUAUUGACGUACAGUCAUAAGCAGAGAUUGGAAUUGAGGGAGUUAACUUAGCUAAACUAAAGAAUAAUGUGGACAUUCCCUUUUAUAAAUCCCGGGACUAAAUUAGCUAAACUAAAUAAUAAUAUAGACAUUCCCUUCUACAAACCCGGUACUUCUUGGAAUUGAUUAUAAUUGACUAAUAUGCGUAUUAUUUAUUGUAAUUUGAGUACUUUGGCAACAAAUUAUUAUUUCCUAUUAAGUAUUUCCUACAAAUUAUUAUCUCAAAAAAUAAUAUUGUACUUGUGUUUCUAUAGGCACUUACGUAAUUAAAUACGUGAACUAUGUAAAAAAUAAACACGAGAAAACGUAUAUUUUGUAAUGUUUAGAAAAUAAGCAGA